AUGAUCCAUUAUCAGCUUUCGAAGACAGUUGGUAAAGAGAACGUCACACGUUACCAUAAUCAAUAUGUUUUUAAAUAUCCAUGUCCAGACGACCAAUAUGAAUGCAGUCCAUACACUGUUUCCCUUUCACCAGGACGAUACCUCUUCGAAGCUUGGGGAUCGAGAGGAGGUUUCAAUGUAUGGAAUGAAGGUCCUUCCACUCCAGGCCUUGGUGGCUACACAUCAGGUGCGUUAACCGUUAGAAGUCCAUUAAUUGUUUACCUUUAUAUCGGAUCUUCUACAUAUUUUAACUCAUUUUUCAGCUAUGUUGGCACCGAAAACGGAUUUGUUUUUGGCGGUGCCUCGUCUGAUGUUCGUCUGCAUGCGAAUGAAUCGUUUGAUUGGUCUGAUCCUCUAUCACUUCGCUCCAGAAUCAUGGUUUCGGGCGGUGGUGGAGGUGCAGAAUGGGCUACGAGCAUUGGAGGAAACGGCGGGGGCAUCCAAGGUGGAAUUGGAUAUUAUUGUUACGAAGAAUCCAAUUCAUGCUUUGAUUUGAAUUCCGGAGGAGGGAGCCAAACCUCUGGAGGGACUCCUGCCUCUACGAAGUCACGAUUCUCUGGAAUUCCUGGUUUAUUCGGAAUUUCUAAUGUCAAAUAUUCGUCAUCUGAUUUUGGUGCUGUCGGAGGUAAUGGAUAUUAUAGCGGUGCAUCUAUCGAUUAUGCAGGCGCUGCUGGUGGAGGGAGCUCUUUCAUCUCAGGAUAUGAAGGAUGUAUUGCACUGAAAGGUCCUACCGAUGAAACUCCAAGUCCAUCAAAUUCAUCUAUCCAUUACUCCAAAAUAUUCUUUACUAAUCCUAUCAUGAUCCAAGGCAAUCAAACGAUGCCACUUUACUAUAAUCCAGAAUCACGCGGCAUCGGGAACAACGAUCGAGGUGCUAUCCGCAUCACCAUUCUUUCUAAUGAUUGUUCAUGUAAUCACAGAUAUUUCCAUUCAAACAUAUAUUUUCUUCUCUCGAUUGUUUUCAUUGUUAGUUAA